AUGCCAUCAAGUUACCAUGAAGAGAGAUCAGAAACAGUGCAGGGGAAUGAAAUAAACAUUUGCAAUGAUCCCUCCCAGACUCAUAGUAGCAGCACUAAUGAUACUACAAAUGAUAAAUUUACUAAUCCCCAUCACUUUCGAAAGGGCAUUUCCCGUCUACUUGAACAGAGUACAAUACAAGGAUUGACACAUAUCUCAACAUCAUCAAACAAUCGUGCACGAUUAAUAUGGUUCACUUUGUGGUUAGCUGGUGUAGCCGGUUUCCUGACUAACCUUUCGCAUGUUGUAGCACAUUAUUUAUCACGACCAGUUUUGACCAGUUACCAUGAUGAUUAUGAAGAAUUUGUGUGGUCAGAUAUCACUUUCUGUAAUGCUAUGGCACCGUAUAAUUUAAAUACACAGGAAAGACGAGCACUGUGGAACCGCUAUGUCAAUCAGGCAAGAAAUCUUUCAACAAUGCAUCAUAUACCAAAAGAGUUAUUUCUUAGUGUUGCUGGAAUUACUACUAAUGAAGUUAUCAUGCAGUCACUGGUGAGUUCAAGUAUACCUCAUUGGAGAUUCAAUGUUGGCAAUGUGAACGAUAUGUUUCUUUUUAUCGCUCGACAAGAUAGACAUCAGGGGAUACGACUGACAGUAGACAUGGAUGUGAAAUUAACUAGUAUGUCAAAACCAUGGGGAAAUUAUUUCUAUACACAAAUAUUACAAAAAUAUUAUAAUAUACCAUGUCACAAUUUUCAGAUUGCGCGUUAUUUAAACAAAUCAAUAAUGAAGAGAAUAGAAAAAUUUGGAUUUUAUUUAAAAUCUAACCUCCAUAGUUAUUUGAUUAUUAAUUCUUCGUACUAUCCACACAUAAUUGAUGUCUACAUUACAUCACCAAAUCAUUUUCCUGUAAGAGGAGUUAUUGAAUUAACCCCUGGAUAUAUUCAUCAUGUACAAAUAGAAAUGGUGCGUCAUCAACGUAACCAAGAAAAGCGACGGUGUCAUAAAGAAAAGUAUUCAGCAAUGAUAUACGACGAUGAUCUAGUGACAAAACGCCGAAUUUAUGAUACUGGUGGAGAUUUAUGCCAUCGAUUAUUAUCACAAUAUUUAUAUCUACAAGAAUGUCAUUGUUAUAGUCCAUUUCUCCCUUAUGGUUAUUUCCCUGAAUUACUUAAUAUAACUGAUAGUAAUGAUCAUCAUCAUAAUAACAAUAAUACGAACACCAAUGGACCAAUAUCACAGCCAGUCUUGUGUUUGAACAUGUCAGUUUUCAGUGACUAUCAGUUGGUGGAAAAUUUGAAAUGUAUGCACCGUGUACUCAAAAAGUAUAGUAAUGCCAGUUUAUAUUUGAGCUUAGCGAAAGCUCAACAUUGUGAAUUCUAUGCACAAUCAGCAAAUUGUGAUGAAGUGAAGUAUAAUCAUUUCGGUAUGGUCAAUAACCCAAUGGCAGAUUUAUGGGGUAGUGCGCAGCGUAAUGAAGCCAGAACUGACUUUCUGAUCAACAUUUUCCAUCUCUUGGCAAAUCAAAUUAUGAGUGACGACAAAAAUAUUCACGGUGUUGGUCAUAUUUCAAGUGAUGAAUUCAUGAAAGAGGUAUUACGAAAUGAAUCAGCACAACAAGAAAUACUCCGUCAAUUACGUAAUAAUUUUGCAUUAUUAACGGUAGAGCGUGUUAGCCCUCGUGGCAGACUAGUUCUCGAAGAAAAUGAAUACCCACUGUCUCGACUAAUAUCUGAUAUUGGCGGUAAUAUGGGAUUGUGGAUUGGUAUAUCUGUGAUUGGUUUAUUUGAAUCUUUCGAACUCAUCGGUUUUAUCAUAUACGCAUCAAUUAAUUAUUUUAAAAGCUUGACAAUGCGUUUAUUCAAAUCAUGA